UUCCUUCUAUGCUUGCAUAGUGGUCUUUUUGCAUAUUUAGAGAAAGAGGGACUGAGGGGGCAGGGAAGAAGCUAGGGAGAAAUAAAGAGAAAGCAGCAAGAUCUGAGAAGAGUGUAGUAAAUUUGCUUUGCAAUGGCUUCGAAACUACUGUUGAUUACUGUCUUUAUCUUCGAUCUCAUAGCAUUUGGCUUGGCUGUUGCAGCUGAGCAGAGAAGAAGCACUGCCACUGUCCAACCAGAUUCUGAAAAAAAUUACAGUUACUGCAUCUAUGAUUCAGACAUUGCAUCUGGCUUUGGUGUUGGAGCAUUUUUGUUCCUAUUGGCUAGCCAAGUCCUUAUUAUGUUUGCCAGUAAAUGUUUCUGCUGUGGCAAGCCUUUGAGUCCUGGAGGUUCUAGGGCAUGGGCAGUUAUCCUGUUUAUAACCUGCUGGGUGUUUUUCUUCAUUGCUGAGAUAUGCCUUCUUGCGGGUUCAGUAAGGAAUGCCUACCACACCAGGUACAGGAAUUUUUUCGGUGAAAACCUGGAUUGCCCAUCAUUGAGGAAGGGGGUUUUUGCAGCAGGAGCUGCUUUUACUUUGUUCACUGCCAUUGUUUCCGAGUUCUACUAUGUUUGCUAUUCCAAGGCCAGUGACAGCUUCCGUCCAUACAGUGGAGACGUUGGUGUGGGUAUGGGAACCUACAAGUGAUCUGGGUAAAUCUGAUGUAACCAUAGCUCUCUACAUCAAUUUGCCUCCUCCAUGGCCUCUUUUUUAGGUUGCAUUAAGGGUUCAAUUCAGUUUGUGAUAGUUUGUAUCUUAGAUCAUAUUCAAGAUUUUAUUCCUUCUUUAAACAUGAUGUGAAUUUUAUUUUUUUGUCCCAUACCUAUCAAUAAUAGGAGACUCCAGUUUGUGUAUCUACGUAGCGCAUAAGGAAUAGGUGAUGUUUCCCUGUUGAACAUGAAACAAUUUACAUGAUCUUCACUGGUGUUGCCGG